UCGCUAAAUUCUUCAACCCUACUCCAUUCCGUAUCCAGCAUUUCAAAGAAAUCACAAAACCAGCUCGUGCAACCUCUGCUCGACGGUGCUGACCUACACCAAACCCGCGUUACAUAACAGGCAACAAGGCGGCAAACCCAGUCACAGGACAAAGUCAACGAUUUAUCUACUAGCACUACUUUGAGAGGUUUUUCGCAGUGCCGUUCUUCGAAUUGCACUCAGAUCAAAGCCGCUUUGCUGCCCUCGCGCGGAGAAUUCAAUGUUAAGCGACGAAAGUUGCUCAGUGCACUGCACUACUGCAUGCUACUCUCGGGACGUAGUUUUGUCCUACCUAAAUCGUUGUAUUUGUUGAUAUUUCAUGUUAAUUUGGAAAAAAGCGAGAAAAUUGGACGCUCUCAUCGUUAACAUAAAUUUAAAAAUAUCCUGAAAUGAGGUCAUUUCCACUGACUACACAAGAUGAAAGUGUAUGAAGAACCGAUGAAAGGACACGCUACCAUAUAUAACAGGGCGGGUGCAGCGUGCAUGUGCAGCAUGUGAUCCAGUUUAACCUCUGGCUGCACAAAGCCGGCGCGUGGCACGUGAUGUCUGCAGCUGAUAGGGCUGAUUGACUGUGAGUGGUCGAGCAUAACGUGUCGAAAUUCGAUAAUAUGCAGCAACACGUAUGCAAACGAGGUGAUAAUAAUGCGUGAUAUAGGUCGAAAUAUGCCGAAUGAAUUUAGUUUAUUUAGGUCACAAAAAAAGUUAAAGCUAACGAUUUUUUAUGGUCUUUGAGAAUGAAACACUACGAGGACUGUAGGGGAUGUAUUUUUUUCAAGCAGCGCUUCUAAUGUUCUAAAAAUAUGUAAUCAGAAAUUUAUUCAGUGGACCAUUGCAAUCACAAAUAAAUCGUAAUUUAAUGGGGUUUCAACGUGUAUAAAGGUCUAUUGCCCGCAGGGUGAUCUUAGUUCCUCGCUAAAAGUUCUGUUGAGCAUUCUGCGCAAAUUAUGCUGCAGCACAAUCACGAUAGUCAGUUGGGAGAGUGGCCAUCGUUCUCUCAACGCCGACCACUAGAAUGGGCGUUCACCAUUGAUAGAAUGUCAAAAGUACAUGAGAACAUGGAUUUCUAUAAAGUACGAAAGCCAAUGCUGGACCAAAUGAAUCAAUCAUGAAUGUUUAACUAUUGAGUCUGGACUGUAAUUUGCACUUGUACCCUGAACUAUCCUCCGCACCUCCGCGAUGUAAUUUGAUUUACAAGUCUGAGUAUCCAUUAAGUUGAGAACAUUUAACUCUGAGAGCGAAUUGAACUGGUGUUCGUCAAGACACUAUGUACGAUAGACAAACGCUGGUUUGGCUCAAGCUUUGGGCAGCGCCCCGUUCUUACUCAAGUUAUGAAUAUGUACACGUGCAUUACUCAUACAGCAUGAUCCAGUACACGUUUUUCAAAAGUUCACCCAUUGCACCUCGGUUUUCGCUGAUCUCAACGACCGUAGUGCGUGAGUGUGACUUCUAAAGAAGAAUGAUAAACCUUGUUUCUCGCUCUCGCAUUUUGGCUACAUUCGGAAAAUUCUACAACGAAGGGCGAGACUAAAUCUCUCAAUUGCUGUGGGAUUACUAUGCAUCGUCUAAGAAGAAUAAAGCUUAGUAUAAAUAGGACUGUUCUCGAAUGAAAAGGUAUCACAAUCAUUUUAGCAUCGUGACCAACACCUCAUUCGGAUUACAAAAUGGCUUUCAAAUUCGCAGUUUUCGCCGCCGUCGUGGCCGUUGCCAACGCCGUCGCCAUCGGAUACCCAGCUGCCCACGUUGGAUACCCAGGUGCCUACCCCGGAGCUUACCCAGCUCUUGGAGUGGCCAAGGUUGCCGCCCCAAUUGCCCACGUCGGAUAUGGAGCUGCCUAUCCGGCCAUUGCCAAGGUUGCCGCCCCGGUUGUGGCCAAGGCCGUCGAUGACUACGACCCCAACCCACAGUACAGCUACAGCUACCACAUUGCCGAUGCCCUGACCGGAGACAACAAGGAACAGCAGGAGUCCCGCUCCGGAGAUGUUGUGACCGGAUCUUACUCCCUGGUUGAGCCCGAUGGCACCCGUCGCGUCGUUGAGUACACCGCUGAUCCCGUCAACGGAUUCAACGCCGUUGUUCACCGUGAACCAGCUGUCGUCAAGGCCGUUGCCCCAGUUGCCAAGAUCGCCGCCUACCCAGCCGUCGCCAAGGUCGGAUACCCAGGUGCCUACCCAGCUGCCUACCCCGCUGCCCAUCUGGGAUACCCAGCCCUCGGUUAAACAACCCAACCUCUAAUCGACCCCUGGAAAAUUCUCAGUUCUUCUUUAAAAACUUCUCAGCAAAGUCAUUAGUCUAAACUUUAUUUAUUUAUUCUACUUCUCUACGCUAUUCUACAACUUAUUCUUCCCUGCAUCUUGCAAAGACUUUUUUAUCAUUUCUCUACCAGAGCUACGAAUGUGAGUCCUCUAGUUAUUCCAAGCUCAAUUAAAACGUGUGUACAAAAAGUAUAACUUUGUAAAUACAAGCCAUCUUACUAUUAACGAAGUAGCGUGCGAUGAGAUUUAAAAAUCUCUUUCCUUGACUGUGUGUGACUUAAACAGAGUGUAAAUUAUACUAGUGUUAAAGAAAUGAUGCAACGGCAUCGUGUACAAAAAUAAAUGCAAUUUCUAUAAAGGA